AAUAUGCACCUGAGCAUUGCCUUCCUUGUCCUGGGUCUUGUCUCCACUGUGUAUGCAACUCCUGUCAAUGAAAAGGCUCCGAAACAGGAUACACCUUCCAAAAUCCUAGACUGGAUGGUUUCUAAAUCAUUAAGAUCACCCCCAUUUUCCCGACUUCCUUCGACUGAACCAGCAAGCUCCACAGGCCCGAUUCACUACCAAUUUUUUCCUAUCGAGUCGAUAAAGAAAUUUCCCAAGCUCCUCCCAGUAUUUAAUGAACCGCAAUUCCAAUCCGAAGUCAAAUCCAAGGCCCAAAUUUGGAUUCGCGAGAUACUUUCAGUUUACAACAGAGAGCUGGUGGAACAGCCGGAGGCAGCUUUUGCUGAAAACUUGGACCAUUGCCAUAUCCAGAUAGACUCCCAGGUUGUGAUUAGAGAGCACGUAACGUGUCCGUGUCAGGUUAUAGUGCACCCUGCAUCAAAACCAGGCUCAAAGGGCGUUGUCCUCUUGAUUCCCUACAUCAACGGUGAGAAGCACCGUGUACACUCGAAGGCGGUGGUUGUCAACGAUACGUCUGCCUAUAUUUAA